AUGUCAAAGAGCUUGAAGAAGAAAAACCACUGGACCAACAAAGUCCACGAAACGGUCCUCUCCAGGAAUAAAGAGGGGGAGCUGGGGUUCGAGCUGAAAGGAGGCGCUGAGAAUGGCAAUUUUCCCUAUGUUGGGGAAGUGAGACAGGGCAAGAUAGCCAUUCAAAGCGGCAAGCUGUCCCAAGACGAGCUUCUGUUAGAGGUCAACGACACUCCAGUGGCCGGUCUCACAAUCAGGGAUGUGCUGGCCGUUAUCAAGCACUGCAAAGACCCUUUCCGUCUGAAGUGUGUGAAGCAAGGUGGCGUAGUUGACAAGGACCUCCGUCACUAUCUGAACCUGCGUUUUCAGAAGGGCUCUGUAGACCAUGAGCUUCAGCAGGUGAUAAGAGACAACCUCUACCUCCGCACUGUGCCCUGCACUACCAGGCAGCCCAAGGAAGGGGAAGUACCUGGGGUGGAUUACAACUUUGUUAGUGUUGAGCGGUUUAUGGAACUGGAGAAAAGUGGAGCUUUGUUAGAGAGUGGAACAUAUGAAGAUAACUUCUAUGGCACGCCCAAGCCCCCUGCAGAGCCCACACACAUGCUUCUCAAUGUGACGGACCAGCUCCUGCCCGGUGCCCGACCCAGUGCCGAGGGGAAGAGGAAGAGAAACAAGUCCGUCAGCAACAUGGAGAAGGACAGCAUUGAACCUCCUGAGGAAGAGGAGGAGGAGAGUCCCAUUGUCAAUGGCAAUGGCAUUGCCAUAACGCCAGAGUCGAGCGAGCAUGAGGAUAAGAGCACAGACGGCUCAGGGGAGGUGCCCCUCCAGCCAUGCCUACCUGAAACUCCGACUCUCACCACCACCGAUGCCCCAGAGGAAGAUGGCGAGGCCCCAAAAUCUCCCCAGGACCCCCAGGCAAAUGAUGACCUGGGGCCCCUGCCUGAUAACUGGGAAAUGGCCUACACAGACAAAGGAGAAGUUUACUUCAUUGAUCACAACACCAAAACCACCUCAUGGCUCGAUCCUCGUCUGGCUAAGAGGGCCAAGCCCCCGGAGGAGUGUGAAGACGAUGAACUUCCGUAUGGCUGGGAGAAAAUUGAUGACCCUAUUUACGGCAGCUACUAUGUUGAUCAUAUCAACAGAAGGACGCAGUUUGAGAAUCCUGUUCUGGAGGCCAAACGGAGACUGCAGCAGCAGCAGCAGAUGCAGAGUCAAGGGCUGUCAGCAUUGCCUCUGCCAACUAUGUACAGAGAGAAACCUCCCUUCACACGAGAUGCCACUCAGCUGAAGGGCACUUUCCUUACCACCGCCUUACAAAAGAGUAACAUGGGCUUUGGUUUCACCAUCAUCGGCGGAGAUGAACCAGACGAGUUCCUGCAGGUCAAAAGUGUUAUUCCUGAUGGUCCUGCUGCACAGGAUGGCAAGAUGGACACAGGUGAUGUCAUUGUCUACAUCAAUGACAUUUGUGUCCUGGGCACCACACAUGCAGAUGUAGUCAAGCUCUUCCAGUCUGUGCCCAUUGGUCAGAGUGUAACCCUGGUGCUUUGCCGUGGUUACCCACUGCCAUAUGAUCCUGAGGACCCGUUGGCCAGCUCCUCCAUGCCCCCCCUAGGUCUGGUCGACCACCCGCUUCUGCUCAAUGGAAGAAACAGUUAUGAUAAUUAUAUGGAGUAUAUGUCUUUGACUGGUCGACUGGUACCUGAACAUGGAGAGGGGCUCACCCAGAUGCCCCACCCUGGCGACACCCAUCUUGAUGGCUCCCAGCCACCCUCUCUCACCACACCUGCUGCUCUGCCUGACGAUAGUGUUUCCAUGGCGUCAUCAUCGGGGGCUACAGCCGGAGCCCAUGGGAUGGCUGAGUUGCUCAGUCUAAGCAUGACCAAAGGAGCGGAGGGCUUUGGCUUUACCAUAGCGGACAGCCCCAUGGGCCAGCGCGUCAAGCAGGUGCUGGAGCCACAGGGGUGCCCAGGCUUAUGUGAAGGUGAUGUGAUUGUGGAGAUUAAUCAGCAUGGCCUCCAGGGACUGAGCCACGCCCAGGUAGUGCAGCUGCUGAAGGACUGUGCUGUGGGGGUGGAGACCACACUCCUCGUCCAGAGAGGAACAGGAGCAGGUCACUUCUCUCCCUGGGAUGCCUCUAAGCAGUGGGACCCCCAGGGAAGCCCCCAAAACAGCCUUUCAGCCCCUGCAAUCCCACAAAAUGUCUCUCACCUCACCCCAGUGCUCCACCACUCCUCCUUGCCAGACACAGAGGGUGUUUACCUCAGCAAACCUGACCCCUACGACCUCUACGAGAAGUCCAGGGCCAUUUACGAGAGCAGACAGCCUGGCCCUCUGCGCCCUGCCAUUGGCUCCGAUUCCACAGGGCCGGAGUACCAGGAAGUGGAAGUGCACCUGCUGCGGGAGAAGACGGGGUUUGGCUUUCGGAUCCUGGGUGGAGAUGAGGCUGUGCAGGCUGUGAGUGCGGAUGCCCGUGACAAGAUUGUCAUUGGAGCAAUUAUAGAGAACAGCCCUGCGGAGCGGGACGGAAGGCUGCGUGCCGGAGACGAGCUGCUGUCGGUGGAUGGGAUGCUUGUUGCCGGGAAACCUCAUCGCUAUGUUAUUGACCUCAUGCACGCUGCUGCUCGCAACGGUCAGGUGACACUCACCGUCAGAAGGCGGGUGCCCCCACAGGCUCUGCUGUGUGGGAAAAAUGAAGCGUCCAAUCAGAGCAGCUCUCCCCGGGGUCAUGCCGUGUGUCCCGUCAACCUCCCUCCCACCAAUGAUGUGGUGAUUCACCGCAAGGAGAACGAGGGUUUUGGCUUUGUCAUCAUCAGCUCCCUCAACCGACCAGAGACCAGUGCUACCAUCACUGUGCCACAUAAGAUUGGGCGAAUAAUUGAGGGCAGUCCAGCGGAUCGCUGUGGGAGGCUGAGGGUUGGUGAUCGUAUCAUGGCUGUGAACAGUCAGUCCAUAAUCAACAUGCCCCACGCUGACAUUGUCAAACUGAUCAAGGAUGCUGGCCUCACAGUCACCCUGCACAUCAUCCCAGAGGAAGAUGUGAAUGGUCCUCAUUCGGGCCCUAACUCAGAGAAACAGAGCCCCAUGGUGGCCCAGCGGCAGAGUCCCCAGACCCAGUCCAGCCCCACGGCUCAACAGAGCCCUCCAGCUCCACACCCCAGCCCUGCCACCACACAGCCAAACCCACAGAUAACAGAACCAAGCCCAGGACCUACUGAGAGCAGCCCAGUAGUGACUCAUGCCAGUCUGCCAGUGAGUCAGGCCGGCCUGGAGGCGCUGCAGUCCGGCCCAUCAGUGAGUCAGGCUGCCCCCGUGCUGGAGCAAUGUGUACCUGUGGUCCCCCAGGCUCCACUCAGCUCAGCACCAGUACCUCCACCAGCCCCACUCUACCUUCAUGACAGCAGGUCGGAGGUGAAAGCCAGACAGGAUGUCAAACCAGAUAUCUGUCAGCCUCCAUACACAGAUUACCGCCAACCUCCAGUGGAUUACAGACACCCUCCCACCAUGGAUUACCGGCACCCACCACUCAUAGAUUACAGACAACAUUCAGUCCCAGAUUACAGACCACAGGACUUUGACUACUUCACAGUGGAGCUGGAGAAGAGUGUAAAAGGCUUUGGCUUCAGUAUUCGGGGUGGGAGGGAGUAUAAAAUGGACCUGUUUGUACUCAGGCUGGCGGAAGACGGGCCUGCCAUCCGAAACGGACGCAUGAGGGUGGGUGAUCAGAUUAUUGAGAUUAAUGGCGAGAGUACGAGGGACAUGAGCCACGCCCGGGCCAUUGAGCUGAUCAAGGCAGGAGGGCGACGGGUGCGUUUACUGCUGAAGAGGGGAACAGGACAGGUGCCUGAGUAUGGAAUGGUAGCGCCCAGUCUGCCCAUGUGCAUGAAAAGUGACACUCUAGCUUCUCCCUAUUUCUUCAUAAUGGGACACUCUAAAGACACGACAGUGCCCCCUCCUGGAGUGCUGUCUCUCCAGCCCCCCCUGCCCUGUCGGAAGUAG